AUGAAUACAAUAAACCAGACCAUUGUCACUGAUAUUCGUCUCCUUGGAUUUCAGGAUUUUCCAAAUUACAAAGCAUUAUUUUUGCUUCUUCUUAUUAUUUUCCCUAUUGUGACUGUAUAUGGAAAUAUUCUUAUUAUUUGGCUGGUGGCAUCUAACAGCAGUCUCCAGUCUCCUAUGUACUUCUUCCUAACACAACUGUCAGUUUCUGAUUUACUUGUAACCACAUCCAUUGUUCCCAACACACUUCAUGUUAUAUGUUAUGAUGGGGGCACUAUGUCUUUUUCAGCUUGCCUUAUUCAAUUUUAUUUUCUUGCUUGUUCUGAGGUAUUUGAGUUUUUUCUUCUCUCUGUAAUGGCUUAUGAUAGAUAUCUAGCUAUCUGCAACCCGCUGAGAUAUAUUUCAUUAAUGAACCCUGUCUUGUGUAUUAUAUUAGUUAUCAUCUGUUGGUUAUUAAGCUUUUCUUUAGAACUGAUUGUAAUAAUAUCAAUAGUUCAACUUCAGUUUUGUGGCCCAAUUGUUAUCGAUCAUUUCUUCUGUGAUUAUGUCCCACUUUUAGAACUGUCUUGUUCAAACACCUUUUUUAUUGAAAUUGAAAAUCUCAUAUUGUGUGUACCAUUUUCUUUAACUCCACUUGUAAUUAUUGUAGUUUUCUAUGUACAUAUUGUUCGGGCUGCCAUUAGAAUCUCCAGCACAAGUGGGAGUUCAAAAGUCUUCUCCACUUGCAGCUCUCACCUGACUGUGGUUUUUAUAUUCUACGGCACACUGCUUGGAAUUUAUAUGAUUCCAAAGAAAAAAAAAUCUUUUACAGUCAACAAAAUCUUUUCCUUGUUGUACACCGUGGUGACUCCUAUGAUUAAUCCGAUGAUAUAUAGUCUGAGGAAUGAAGAUAUCAAGAAAGCUGUAAAAACAAUCUGGGUAAAAUGA